CAUCCAUUACCAUUAGAGGCGGUGGUGGUGGAGGCGACCGGCGACGCUUCUCUCAUCAUUCAUCCACCUCACUUUGUUGUUGCAUUACCCUCCAAAAAACACUAACACCACCAAACGAAUUAACGUAUUAAACAAAGCCGAACAGCCACUCCGCUCUUUCUAAGAAUUCUUCCUAUUUUUUUUUCUUGUUACGUUCCCAGACAAAUUGUGUCCCCCUUGGCAUCUUCUGCUCCUUAGAUAGUUAGAUACCCUUUUUCCUCACUAACUCUCCCCCUUUAAACCUCUUUCUUCACUCUUAAUUCUCAAUUUUUCAUUUUAUUCACAUACCCAUAUUGAUAAUUGUGUUUGUCUCUAAGGCAUGGCUGCUGCUGCUGCUUCUUCAGCUUCUAUGUGUUUUCCGGCGACCCGAAAGGGGACUGAUUUCCGGUCUGGGUCUACUGGAUUAUUGCGCCGUAGUGGGUUCCGGGUAUCGACCCGCUUGACGUCCCGGAAGUCUGUUAUCCGCUCUGAUUUGGACUCCAUGGUUUCUGACAUGAGUACCAAUGCUCCAAAAGGGUUAUUUCCACCAGAACCCGAACACUAUCGAGGGCCAAAGUUGAAAGUGGCAAUUAUCGGAGCUGGCCUUGCUGGAAUGUCAACUGCUGUUGAGCUUUUGGAUCAAGGACACGAGGUAGACAUUUAUGAUUCGAAGUCUUUUAUUGGUGGAAAAGUGGGCUCUUUUGUUGACAGGCGGGGGAAUCACAUUGAAAUGGGAUUGCAUGUGUUUUUUGGUUGCUAUAAUAACCUAUUCCGUUUGAUGAAAAAGGUGGGUGCUGAAAAAAAUCUACUCGUCAAGGAUCAUACUCACACCUUUGUGAAUAAAGGGGGGGAUAUUGGGGAGCUUGAUUUCCGCUUUCCUAUUGGAGCACCCUUGCAUGGUAUCCAAGCAUUUUUGUCCACAAAUCAGCUCAAGCCUUAUGAUAAAGCAAGAAAUGCUUUGGCUCUUGCCCUUAGUCCUGUAGUCCGGGCUCUAGUGGAUCCUGAUGGAGCGAUGAGGGACAUUCGUGAUUUGGAUAGUAUAAGCUUCUCCAACUGGUUUAUGUCUAAAGGGGGAACACGGGCAAGUAUCCAGCGGAUGUGGGAUCCGGUUGCCUAUGCUUUAGGGUUCAUUGAUUGUGACAAUAUUAGUGCUCGUUGUAUGCUUACUAUAUUUGCACUGUUUGCCACUAAGACAGAGGCUUCUCUCUUGCGGAUGCUUAAAGGUUCUCCUGAUCUUUAUUUGAGUGGCCCGAUCAGAAAGUACAUCGAGGAUAAAGGAGGCAGGUUUCAUCUGAGGUGGGGAUGUAGAGAGAUACAUUACGAGAGAUCUUCUGAUGGAAGUACAUAUAUCACCGGUCUUGCCAUAUCAAAGGCUACUCAGAAGAAAAUAAUAAAAGCCGAUGCCUAUGUUGCAGCAUGUGAUGUGCCUGGAAUUAAGAGAUUAGUUCCCAAGGAUUGGAGGGAGUGGGAAUUCUUCGAUAAUAUUUAUAAGUUGGUUGGAGUGCCUGUAGUUACCGUGCAACUUAGAUACAAUGGUUGGGUUACGGAAUUGCAAGAUUUGGAGCGUUCGAGGCAAUUGAGGCGGGCAAUGGGCUUGGAUAAUCUCCUAUAUACACCGGAUGCAGAUUUCUCUUGCUUUGCAGAUCUUGCACUGACUUCUCCCGAGGAUUAUUACAUCGAGGGUCAAGGCUCAUUGCUCCAAUGUGUCCUUACGCCCGGUGAUCCUUACAUGCCCCUACCAAACGAUGAAAUUAUAAGAAGAGUAUCCAAACAGGUUUUGGCUCUUUUCCCAUCCUCCCAAGGCUUGGAAGUCACAUGGUCAUCGGUUGUCAAAAUCGGGCAAUCUUUAUACCGCGAAGGGCCUGGCAAAGAUCCAUUCAGACCUGAUCAGAAAACGCCAGUGAAGAAUUUCUUCCUCGCGGGGUCUUAUACAAAACAGGAUUAUAUAGAUAGCAUGGAAGGAGCAACGCUUUCGGGCAGGCAAGCAUCGGCCUAUAUAUGCAGUGCUGGAGAAGAGCUCGUGACACUGCGAAAACAGCUUGUCGCUGCUGCUGAAUCAUCGAAUAUGCCCGAUGCUGCUACUGCUGCUGUAUCUGAUGAGCUAAGUCUUGUCUGAUCCACCUAGCCAUUGCUCUAAGCAAUGCAGAGAAAAUAUGCUAUCAACAUUUCUGGAAAGAAAUUAAAGCACCUCACUAGUUCUUAUCUUCUCUUUUCCUUUUGUGGCUAGAAGGUGAACACAAAAUGGAUAUACAUAUGCUCAUUGUAAAUUUAGUAUACUUACAAAAGUUUGUCCGCACGGGUUUAGUUUACUGGUUCAGUAAGCAGUAUUUGAGUCAAGUAUACUUACAAAAGCAUAACAUGCCAUUCUUCAAUGUAAUUUAAUUAAUCCAGUUAUUCGCCUUCAUUGUUA